AUGUCUGAACAGCCCUCCAGCGAACCUCGGAUCAAGUCUCACAAAAGAAAUACUGCUCAUCGAAGACGCCGUGAUGAUGAUGACUUUGACGAGCGCUGGGGUGACGAAGAGAUCUUGGAAGAUGAAGAACACCAUGAAGAGUCGGAUUUGGUGGAGUCCUCAUCCAAACGGGUAAAAUUGUCCGAUGGAUCGGCUUCUCAUCGCGCCUCACCGCCGGAGACAGAGGAAGAGAAAGCCCAAAGAGAAAGAGAUCGGGAUUUAAAGGAGCGAGACGAAUUUGCCAAAAGACUGGCCCAGCGUGAUGAAGAGCGAGCCAAAAAGAUUGUGGAAGACAGAUCCUCAGCCAAAGACAGCGUCACUGCCCAACGAAGAGCUUUGGCUGAUGAUGCCGCUGCAAGAGCGGCCGCCAUGCCGGAUUUGAGAAUCCGCUCCCGCCAAGACUAUCUCAAGAAAAGAGAAGCGGAAAGACUGGCACUAUUGCGCAAACAAGUCGCUGAAGAACAGGCCGAACUAAGGGACAAUCCCGAUCUUUCAAGGAGAGAAAAGGAAGAGUUUGCACGAAAUAAAGAAAUCCUGCGUCUUGCCGAGGAGAGAUUGAGCAUCGAUGAUCAUCUGGACGGCUAUGCUCUCCCAGAGGACUACCUCACGGAGAAGGGAAAGAUCGAUAGACGGAAAAAGGAGCAGGCCCUUUACCAACGGUAUGUCGACAGGGACGAGACCGGCCGAGAGCGAUAUGUCACCGAGCAUGAGGAAUGGGAGAAAGAGCAAACCAAACGAGCCGAAGGACAGAUUAAGAGAGCAGAGUUGGUCGACGAGGGCGAUUAUCGCUACGUCUUUGAUGAGAGUCAGCAGAUGAAAUUCAUCAUGUCGGAGACCCUGGGGGGGGACCUGGGAAAAGGAAAGACCAGAGAACAGAGAGAAUGGGCCGAGCGGUUGGGUGCAGCAGAAGCUCGAGCCAGGAGUGUAGAAGAAACCCGAAAAAGCCUCCCAAUCUACCAAUUCCGGGAUGAGAUCAUUCAAGCAGUCAAAGAUCAUCAGGUCUUGAUCAUUGUCGGUGAGACGGGAAGCGGCAAGACGACUCAAAUACCACAGUAUCUGCAUGAAGCUGGUCUUACCGAGGGAGGAAUGAAGAUCGGGUGUACCCAACCUCGAAGAGUGGCGGCCAUGUCUGUUGCGGCCAGAGUGGCGGAGGAAAUGGGCAAGCGGUUGGGGAAUGAAGUGGGUUACGCCAUCCGAUUCGAGGACAAGACCAGUGACAAGACUGUCCUCAAGUACAUGACUGACGGCAUGUUGUUAAGAGAACUGCUCACCGACCCGGAGUUGUCCCAAUAUUCAGCACUCAUGAUUGAUGAAGCACACGAACGGACAGUCAGCACUGAUAUCGCCUGUGGAUUGUUGAAGGACAUUGCACGAGCACGACCGGAUCUGAAGCUGCUCAUUUCUUCGGCGACGAUGGACGCCAGGAAGUUCCAGAAGUACUUUGAUGAUGCACCCAUCUUUAAUAUCCCCGGCAGAAGGUAUGCGGUGGACGUUCAUUACACUGCACAACCGGAGGCCAACUACCUAGCAGCCGCCAUUACGACCGUCUUCCAAAUACACAUCACACAGGGAGCCGGCGACAUCCUGGUAUUUCUCACCGGUCAAGAGGAGAUCGAAGCCAUGGAAGCCAACUUGCAAGAAACGGCCCGGAAACUGGGAAGCAAAAUCAAAGAAAUGAUUAUCUGUCCCAUCUACGCCAAUCUACCGACGGAUUUACAGGCCAAAAUCUUCGAACCCACUCCACCGGGGGCUAGGAAGGUCGUGCUGGCGACCAAUAUUGCCGAGACGUCCUUGACCAUUGACGGAAUCGUUUACGUGAUUGACCCUGGAUUUGUCAAAGAAAACCAGUACAAUCCACGAACGGGCAUGGAGUCAUUGGUGGUGGUUCCGUGCAGCCGUGCUUCGGCUGGCCAGCGUGCCGGUCGAGCGGGACGAGUGGGUCCGGGCAAAUGUUUUCGUCUCUACACUGCUCAGGCCUACAAGAACGAGUUGGAAGAGAAUACCACGCCGGAAAUUCAAAGAACCAACCUGACCGGAGUCAUCCUCAUGCUCAAAAGUCUAGGAAUCAACGAUCUCCUCGACUUUGAUUUUAUGGAUGCCCCGUCCACAGACACGAUUGUUCGAGCAGUGGAACAGCUCUAUGCGCUUGGGGCGUUUAACAGCGAGGGAGAAUUGACCAAAAUUGGUCGUCAAAUGGCCGAAUUUCCUACCGAUCCCAUGCUUGCACGAUCAAUUCUGGCGGCCGACAAAUACGGUUGUGUUGAGGAGGUGCUUUCCAUCAUUGCCAUGUUAGGUGAAGCAUCUGCGCUAUUCUUCCGACCCAAAGACAAGAAAAUCCAUGCCGACAGUGCGAGAGCCAGAUUCACGAACAAGGAUGGUGGUGACCAUCUGACGCUCCUGAAUGUUUUCCAAGAAUGGACGGAUUCCGACUACAGCUACGUCUGGGCACGAGAGAACUUUUUACAGCAAAGAAGUCUGACGAGGGCGCGAGAUGUGCGGGAUCAGUUGGCAAGAUUGUGUGAUCGAGUCGAAGUGGAUGCCAGCAAGAGUUGUGGUGGUCAGUCGAAUAUCGAACCGAUUCAGAAAGCCAUUACAGCUGGCUUCUUCCCGCAUUCCGCGAGGUUGCAACGUGAUGGCCAGAGUUAUCGGACAGUUAAAAAUGGACAAGUCGUCUACAUUCAUCCAUCGAGUGUGUUGAUCGAGAAUCAACCCAAGUGGGUCAUAUAUCAUGAAUUGGUCUUGACGAGCAAGGAAUAUAUGAGGAGCUGCAUGCCUUUGAAACCAGAAUGGUUGAUUGAAGUUGCUCCCCAUUACUACAAGAAGAAGGACUUGGAAUCUUUGGGGGUGGAAAGAAAGGUUCCCCGGGGUGAAGGCAAGGCUCAGAGCAAGAUAUGA